GAGACAUCAUGAUGUUGUUACACAGCAGUAAUUUUUAUCUUGUAGAUGAAGUUCGCAGAAGUGGAAGACGACGUGGUUGCGGUCGUGUUUGGUGCGCCUUCUUUUGUCGCCGGUGCCCGUUUGUAUUUUUACAAACGCCCCCCUAAAGCGCGCAGCAGCUUGCGGGAAAGCUUUCUUCGGAAGAACGAUCAUUGCUUGAAGCUUAACUCUUGCGCUUCUCUCGAUUUGCAGAGUCCCGUGGGGGCUACGUCCUACAAGUUGGCCGUUUGUUUUUUACAAACGGCCGUUUGUAAACGAGGAAAAACGCGCUCUGCCAUCGGGAUUGUGUUUUUACUGCGAUUUGGGCAAUUUUUCGCGUACACUGCGAAUUUUUUGAGAUUUCCUGGAUCCUCGUCGUGUCUGGUGCGCCUUCUUUUGCCACCGGUGCCCGUUUGUAUUUUUACAAACGCCCCUCUAAAUCGCGCAGGAGCAUGCGGGAUAGCUUUCUCCGGAAGAAUGAUCAUUGCUUGAAGCUUAACUCUUGCGCUUCUCUCGAUUUGCAGAGUCCCGUACGGGCUACGUCCUACAAGUUAGCCGUUUGCUUUUUACAAACGGCCGUUUGUAAACGAGGAAAAACGCGCUCUGCCAUCGGGAUUGUCUUUUUACUGCGAUUUGGGCAAUUUUUCGCGCACACUGCGAAUUUUUUGAGAUUUCCUGGAUUAUCGUCGUGUUUGGUGCGCCCUCUUUUGCCACCGGUACCCGUUUGUAUUCUUACAAACGCCCCCCUAAAUCGCGCAGGAGCAUGCGGGAUAGCUUUCUCCGGAAGAAUGACCAUUCCUUGAAUCUUAGCUCUUGCAUUUCUCUCGAUUUGCAGAGUCCCGUGGGGGCUACGUCGUACAAGUUGGCCGUUUGUGUUUUACAAACGGCCGUUUGUAAACGACGCAAAGAGCACUCUGCCAUCGAGAUUUACUUUUUUUCCCGAUUUCGGGAAUCUCUUGCAUGAACUGCGAUUUUUUUUAGGAUUUCCUGGAUUCUCGCCGUGUUUGGUGCAACUUCUUUUGCCGCCGGUGCCCGUUUGUAUUUUUACGAACGCCCCCCCGAAGCACGCAGUAGCAUGCGGGAGAGCUUUCUUCGGAAGAAUGAUCAUUGCUUGAACCUUAGCUCUUGCAUUUCUCUCGAUUUGCAGAGUCCCGUGGGGGCGACGUCGUGCAAGUUGGCCGCUUGUGUUUUACAAACGGCCGUUUGUAAACGACGCAAAGAGCGCUCUGCCAUCGAUAUUGACUUUUUUUCCCGAUUUGGGGAAUUUCUUGCAUGAGCUGCGAUUUUUUUAAGAUUUCCUGGAUUCUCGACGUGUUUGGUGCACCUUCUUUUACCGCCGGUGCCCGUUUGUAUUUUUACAAACGCCCCCCUAAAGCACGCAGUAGCAUGCGGGAUAGCUUUCUUCGUAAGAAUGAUCAUUGCUUGAACCUUAGCUCUUGCAUUUCUCUCGAUUUGCAGAGUCCCGUGCGGGCUACGUCGUACAAAUUGGCCGUUUGUGUUUUACAAACGCCCGUUUGUAAACGACGCAAAGAGCACUUUGCCAUCGAGAUUUACUUUUUUUCCCGAUUUGGGGAAUUUCUUGCCUGAACUGCGAUUUUUUUAAGAUUUCCUGGAUUCUCGCCGUGUUUGGUGCACCUUCUUUUGCCGCCGGUCCCCGUUUGUAUUUUUACAAACGCCCCCCUAAAGCACGCAGUAGCAUGCGGGACAGCUUUCUUCGGAAGAAUGAUCAUUGCUUGAACCUUAGCUCUUGCAUUUCUCUCGAUUUGCGCAGUCCCGUGGGGGCUACGUCGUACAAGCUGGCCGCUUGUGUUUUACAAACGGCCGUUUGUAAACGACGCAAAGAGCACUCUGCCAUCGAGAUUCACUUUUUUUCCCGAUUUGGGGAAUUUCUUGCAUGAACUGCGAUUUUUUUAAGAUUUCCUGGAUUCUCGACGUGUUUGGUGCGCCUUCUUUUGUCGCCGGUGACCGUUUGUAUUUUUACAAACGCCCCCCUAAAGCACGCAGGAGCAUGCGGGAUAGCUUUCUUCGGAAGAAUGGUCAUUGCUUGAACCUUAGCUCUUGCAUUUAUCUCGGUUUGCGCAGUCCCGUGGGGGCUACGUCGUACAAGUUGGCCGCUUGUGUUUUACAAACGGCCGUUUGUUAACGACGCAAAGAGCACUCCACCACCGGCAUUGUGUAUCUUUUGCGAUUUUGGAAAUUUCUCGCGUGAACUGCAAGUGUUUUGAUAUUUCCUGGAAUCCCGCUGUGUUUCUUGCGCCUUCUUGCGCCGCCGGUGCCCGUUUGUAUUUUUACAAACGCCCCCCUGAAGUGCGCAGCAGCAUCGAGAAUAGCUUUCUCUGGGAGGGUGAUCAUCGCUUGAGCUUCAACUCUUGCACUUGUCUCGAUUUGCAGAGUCCCAUUGGGGCUACGUCUUACAAGUCAGCCGCUUGUGUUUUACAAACGGCCGUUUGUAAGCGACGCAAAACGCGGUCUGCCACCAGGAUUCGGACUUCGUACCAAUCUUUUUUCCUACUCAUGCGCACACUCCAUCUACGAGGCUGGUGUGGAUAGGGUUUCAGGAUUUAGGGUCCCUAUUUUGAUUUUACCUAGAUUAAGUUCGCAGAAGUGAGAGACAAGUAAGUAGGGUUUUCAAAGCCAAGACAAUUAGUUAUGAUUCAAACUGGAAGGAACAAUGUAUGGUAUAAGUUACAGGAGUUAAUUUGAAAGCUUGAAAUCGCAGUUGUGAUUUUUUCAAGGCCAUUAGCUAAACAACAGCAUUUUUGUAGGAAGUAUUGAAGCUACGAAAGUUGAGGACUUAUUACUUACUCAUGCCAAGGAUCAUCGUAUUCAAAGGACGAAGAAAAAAUGUUUCUCAAAAACUCGGGGUGUUUGGAUUUAAUUUUCGCAAAGAACGGGAUUGGAUUUCAUUUGCCUAGAACGACAAGCUGGGCAACCACGCGUGUAGACAAGAAGUAGAGGAUUUUCUUGCUUGUGACUAUGUUGACAGUACCACCACGACGUGUCGCGCAAAAGUAAUGUUGGUAGUCGCGUUUCUUUAUGCAAAAUGAAAUUUGCAGAAAAUGCCCGAAAGAUAGAAACGCUCAUGAUUCGCGCAACAUGUGAAGACAAAACAAGCAGGUAUUGUUUCACCAUCUUCCUCUAUUUUUCGCACUGAUCGUCGAAU